AUGGCUUCGAGUGUGCCUAUCAAACUGCUGCAUGAAGGAGAGGGAAAUACAGUGAUCGUAGAACUCACAAAUGGCGAGAAGUACCGAGGACACUUGGUGAGAGCCGAGGAUAACAUGAACUGCCAAUUAACGAACGUGACGAUGCGAGCGCGAGAUGGAAAGCUGUCGAAGCUGGAGAACGUCUACAUCCGUGGUAGCCGUGUGCGAUACGUCGUUCUCCCUGAUAUCUUGAAACAGUCCCCGAUGUUCCAGAAGGUACAGCAGCUUAAGGAAGCGAAGGAAAGUGUUGAGCGCGAGAAGAACAAAUUGAAGGGAAUUUAUAAAUAAGCUGUUGGUUUGUAAAAGUACAUUG